UCCCCUUUCUUGUACAGAGACUUUAUGAGUGGUGAUGGAGGGGUAUACUGGGACCUCUUCUGGGUUCAAAGAAAUAAGAAUAACCAAAGCAUCCGUGGGCAUCUCUACAAAACGGAUCUGUGUAUCAAGAUGCUCUGAAGAACAGUAACUACCCUUAGGAAUGUCUAGUGCUACAAAAUGACUAAAACUAAUUCUAGCAUCUUCUGUUUUGCUAUCAUCUUCAUGUUGAUACUUCAGAUCAGAAUCCAAUUAUCUGAUGAAAGUGAGUUUUUUGUUGACAGAUCAAAAGCAGGUCUCACCCAUGUUCCCAAAGACGUAUCCCCGAAAACAACAAUCUUAGAUAUAUCACAAAACUAUAUAUCUGAGCUUCGGACUUCUGAUAUCCUAUCACUAUCAAAGCUGAGGAUUUUAAUAAUUUCUCAUAAUAGAAUCCAAUACCUUGAUAUCAGUGUUUUCAAAUUCAACCCGGAACUGGAAUACUUGGAUUUGUCCCACAACAAGUUGGGGAAGAUUUCUUGCCACCCUACUGUGAACCUCAAGCACUUAGACCUCUCAUUUAAUGCAUUUGAUGCCCUGCCCAUAUGCGAAGAGUUUGGCAACAUGUCUCAACUAGAAUUUCUGGGGUUGAGUGCCACACAGUUACAAAAAUCUAGUGUGCUGCCAAUUGCUCAUUUGCAUAUCAGUAAGGUUUUACUGGUCUUAGGAGACCCUUAUGGGGAAAAAGAAGACUCUGAGAGCCUUCAAGACCUUAACACAGAGAGUCUGCACAUUGUUUUCCCAACAGGAAAGGAAUUCCAUUUCAUUUUGGAUGUGUCCAUCAGCACUGCAGUAAAUCUGGAACUGUCUAAUAUCAAAUGUGUGCUAGAUGAUAAUGGAUGUUCUUACUUCCUAAAUGUUCUGUCAAAACUUCAAAAGAACCCAAGGUUAUCAAGUCUUACCUUAAACAACAUUGAAACAGCUUGGGAUUCUUUCAUUAUGAUCCUCCAGUUGGUUUGGCAUGCAAGCAUAGAGUAUUUCUCAAUUAAAAAUGUGAAACUACAAGGUUACCUUGGCGUCAGAGAUUUUGAUUAUUCUAACACUUCACUGAAGGCCUUGUCUAUACAGCAAGUUGUCAGCGAUGUGUUCAGUUUUCCACAAAGUUCUAUCUACAAAAUCUUUUCAAAUAUGAACAUCCAAAAUUUCACAGUGUCUGGUACACACAUGGUCCACAUGCUUUGCCCAUCCCAAACCAGCCCAUUUCUGUAUUUGGAUUUUUCCAAUAAUCUCUUAACAGAUACCCUUUUUAGAGAUUGUGGAAAAUUGACUCAAUUGGAGACACUUAAUUUAAAAAUGAAUCAAUUAAAAGAACUUGCAAAUAUAGUUCAUAUGACCAAGGAGAUGAAGUCUCUACAACAAUUGGAUAUUAGCCAGAAUUUUCUAAGGUAUGAUGAAAAUGAAGGAAAUUGCUCUUGGACUAGAAGUUUAUUAAGUUUAAAUAUGUCUUCAAAUAUACUUACUGACUCUGUUUUCAGGUGUUUACCUCCCAGGGUCAAGGUACUUGAUCUUCACAAUAACAGAAUAAGGAGCAUUCCUAAGCAAAUCAUGAAACUAGAAUCUUUGCAAGAACUCAAUCUUGCUUUCAAUUCUUUAACCGACCUUCCUGGAUGUGGUACCUUUAGCAGCCUUUCUAUACUGAUCAUUGAUUAUAAUUCAAUUUCCAAACCAUCAGCUGAUUUCUUCCAGAGCUGCCAGAAUAUUAGGUCAAUAAAAGCAGGGAACAAUCCAUUCCAAUGUACAUGUGAGCUAAGAGAAUUUAUCCAAAGUAUAGGCCAAGUAUCAAGUGAUAUGGUAGAGGGUUGGCCUGAUUCUUAUAAGUGUGACUACCCAGAAAGCUAUAAGGGAACCCAACUAAAGGACUUUCAUGUGUCCCAACUAUCCUGCAACACAGCUCUGCUGAUUGUCACCAUUGUGGUCCCUGUGCUGGUGUUGGCUGUUACUGUGACCAUCCUUUGUAUCUACUUGGAUCUGCCCUGGUAUCUCAGGAUGGUGUGUCAGUGGACCCAGACCCGGCGCAGGGCUAGGAACGUACCCUUAGAAGAACUCCAAAGAACUCUCCAGUUCCAUGCUUUUAUUUCAUAUAGUGGGCAUGAUUCUACCUGGGUGAAGAAUGAAUUACUACCAAACCUAGAAAAAGAAGAUAUACGGAUUUGUCUCCAUGAGAGAAACUUUGUUGCUGGCAAGAGCAUUGUGGAAAAUAUCAUAAACUGCAUUGAGAAAAGUUAUAAGUCCAUCUUUGUUUUGUCUCCCAACUUUGUCCAGAGUGAGUGGUGCCAUUAUGAACUCUACUUUGCCCACCACAAUCUCUUUCAUGAAACUUGUGAUAACUUAAUCUUGAUCUUGCUGGAACCCAUUCCACGGUAUUCCAUUCCUAGCAGCUAUCACAAGCUCAGAACUCUCAUGGCACUGAGGACUUAUUUGGAAUGGCCCAAGGAGAAGAGCAAACAUGGACUUUUUUGGGCUAACCUAAGAGCAGCCAUUAAUAUUAAGUUGAUGGGGCAAUCAAAAUAAGUAGAUCACAUGUACAUCUAAAAAUAUUCCUCUUUUCACUGUUGCUGCUUUUGGAAGUUCCAACAAUGACUUUAUUUUGUAUCAACAUAAAUCUAAACACGAUUUUGGAUUUAUGAUGUAGAUAAAAAUGUGUACUUUCAGGCCCCAGUUCACCAUUUAUAUGUGGUAAUAAAAAUUAAUGAAGUGAUA